AUGGCUGACCAAUUGAAAUUAUAUCUCUUUGGAGACCAGACCUACGAUCUUCAGACACACCUGAAAGACCUGCUUCAGAAGAGAAACAACCCCGUCGUUGAGAGUUUUCUCGUCAAAUCCUAUGAUGCUGUGCGUGCCGAAAUUUACAAGCUUCCGCCCGUUCUCAGGGAUGCUUAUCCGCGUUUAACAUGUGUCGACGAUUUGAUUCUGUGGAACCAAAGUGGAAAUAGGCUUGUUCCUCUCGACAUGGCUGUUACUAUCAUCUAUCAACUUGGGAUGUUCAUCAGUCAGUCCGACCCUGGUGACUUCUUCGCGGGCAAGACUCUUGCGCUUGGUCUUUGCACCGGAUCCCUAGCAGCGGCGGCCGUAGCAUGCAGCCAUAGCGUGGUAGACCUCGUCCCAUUGGCGGUCAAUGCUGUUGUUGUAGCUUUCAAGACUGGCGUACUUGUCAAUGAAGUUGCCCACCGCGUGGCUUCCCCGGAAGAAUCUGAUCGGAGCUGGUCAGUCCUGAUCCCUGGAUCUAAGAGCUCCGAGGCAAUUCAUGAAUUCUGUGCGCAAACUGCUAUGCCAUUGACGAGCAAGCCAUACAUCAGCGCCCACUCUCCCAACGGGAUCACCGUCAGUGGGCCGCCCAAAUCUCUCGCACGCCUCAAGGAAUCAAGGCAGGGCAAGGAUCUGAUAUUCAAAGAGAUCCCCAUCUAUGCCCCGUACCAUGCACCGCAUCUGUAUUCUAUGUUCGACGUCACCGAACUUAUUGGUGAAUUUGCCUCUGACGAGGUUUCUCAGUGCUUGGAACAAGUUCCUGUCUUUUCAAGCACUGGAGAAAGAGCCACUACACGCAAUUUUGGGUCCCUCCUAGAGUCCGCUGUGAAGCAGAUAUUGCUGCAGACCAUUAGUUGGAGUGAUGUGCUCGGAGAGCUUCAAGCCUAUCUUGAGAGCGCGACCCCACAGUCAUUUAGCGUCGUUCCUAUUGGAAGCACAGCUCAUCAGCUGAUCUACACUGCACUGAAGCAGACGUCGCUACGGACUUUGGUGUCCUCCGGUCAGGCUUCGAAUACAUUGGCUUCCAAUUCUACAACCUUCAAUGCCUCACAUGACAAGUCUAAGCUGGCCAUUAUUGCAAUGUCAGGGCGAUUCCCCGGCGCCAAAGACAACGAGGCAUUCUGGGAUGUUCUCUAUCAGGGCCUGGACAUGCACAAGCCAGUACCAGCUUCUCACUGGGAUGUCAACACACACUUUGACCCCACUGGAAAGAACAAAAAUACUAGCGCAUCCCCAUUUGGAUGCUGGCUUGAUGAUCCAGCUGGAUUUGACGCGCGCUUUUUCAACAUAUCUCCGCGCGAGGCUCCCCAGAUCGAUCCUGCCCAGCGACUAGCCUUGAUGACGGCGUACGAAGCAAUCGAGCAAGCUGGACUUGUUCCGGAUGCUACCCCUUCGACCCGACGUGAUCGUGUUGGUGUCUUCUACGGUGUUACUAGCAACGACUGGAUGGAGACGAACAGUGCACAAAACAUUGACACAUAUUUCAUCCCUGGUGGGAACCGAGCUUUUAUCCCCGGUCGGAUCAACUACUGUUUCAAGUUCAGUGGUCCGAGUUACGCAGUGGACACUGCCUGCUCAUCCAGCUUGGCUGGUAUUCACAUAGCGUGUAACUCCCUUUGGAGAGGAGACAUCGAUACUGCUAUCGCCGGUGGUACUAAUGUUCUGACUAACCCGGAUUUCACGUCUGGUCUUGAUAGGGGUCACUUCCUUUCGCGAACUGGGAAUUGCAAAACAUUCGACGAUGAUGCUGAUGGCUAUUGCCGUGGUGAGGGUAUUGGAACAGUCAUCAUCAAGCGGCUGGACGAUGCCAUCGCUGACAAGGACCCUAUUCUCGGUGUCAUUCUCGGCGCUUCCACAAACCACUCUGCCGAGUCAGAAUCUAUUACCCGGCCUCACUCUGGAGCCCAGCGCGCAAUUUUCAAGAAGAUUCUGAACCAAGCCGCUGUGGAUCCAUACACCGUCAGCUAUGUGGAGAUGCAUGGAACCGGCACUCAAGCAGGCGAUGCCGGUGAGAUGACUAGUGUGUUGGACACUUUUGCCCCGGCGCUCUCGGAAGUCCCUAAGGGCCGGACAGAAGAACAAGCUCUCUACUUGGGCUCAGCAAAGGCAAACAUUGGCCACGGCGAGGCCGCCUCCGGUGUCUCAGCCCUUAUCAAGGUGCUCCUAAUGAUGGAGAAGAAUAUGAUUGUCCCGCACUGUGGAAUCAAGACCAAGAUUAAUUCCAAGUUUCCAACUGAUCUCGAGGAGCGCAAUGUCAAUAUCGCCCUGAAGCCAACAGCAUGGGAGAGAAGCACCGACCCUUCCAAGCCUCGCCGCGUUUUUGUGAACAACUUUAGUGCAGCCGGCGGCAACUCAGCACUCUUGAUUGAAGACGCCCCGAUUCCGAAGCAGCUGCCACUCGCACCUGCUGAUCCCAAAACUGUGCAUCUCGUCGCCGUAUCGGCCAAAGCUGGGAACUCUCUCCAGGGCAACUUGAGCUCUCUUCUUGAUUACUUAAAGCAGAAUCCCGAAGUCUCUUUGGGUGAGCUGUCUUACACUACCACAGCCCGUCGGAUGCAUCAUAAACAUCGUGUUAUGCUUUCUGGCUCAAAUGUGACCAAUAUCUGCACCCAGAUCGAGACUGCACUGCGGGACAAUCUGGGGAUGACCAGGCCAAAGAGUGCCCCGAAGGUUGUGUUUACCUUUACUGGCCAGGGCGCCCAGUAUCCGGGAAUGGGAAAGGAUUUGUUCGAAACAUUCUCCAUCUUCCGCACCGAGAUCGCCCGACUCGAUCAGAUUGCACAGAGCCUCGGAUUCCCGUCUUUCCUACCUGUCAUACAAUCCGAUGAGACAGACAUCGGCGUAUUUGGCCCGACUGCUGUCCAGUUGGCCAGUGUCUGUAUGCAGAUUGCGCUUAGCAAACUAUGGGCAUCGUGGAACAUUUUCCCCACUGCUGUUGUUGGUCAUAGUCUCGGUGAGUAUGCCGCGCUGAAUGUCGCAGGGGUACUUUUGGAUGCAGACACUAUCUAUCUCGUUGGAAAGCGAGCUGAGAUGCUCCAGGAGAAGUGCACCCGCGAUACUCACGCCAUGCUUGUUGUCCGGGGCUCAGUAGAACAGAUUGCCGAAAUCCUCAAAGAUCAAGACUACGAAACGGCCUGCAUUAACUCCCCUGUUGAGACUGUGCUUGCUGGAACAAAGGAAAAGGUUCUUACCUUCAAGGAUGCUCUUACUGACGCCAACAUGAAGUCCACCCUGCUGAAGGUCCCUUAUGCCUUCCACUCCUCGCAGAUCGACCCCAUCAUGGCCGAUUUUGCGGAGGUCGCCAAGGGCGUCACAUUCUUCAAGUCCAAGAUUCCAGUUUUGUGCCCAUUGAAAGGAACUGUGGCUACAGAAAAUGAGUUCAACCCUGCUUACCUUUCCCUUCAUGCCCGCAAGCCAGUCAACAUGUUCAAAGCGCUCCAGGCUGGCUACAACAGCGGUCUUCUGACUGAACAAACCAUAACCAUCGAGAUUGGUCCUCACCCGGCCAUCUCUGGUAUGGUUAAAGCUGUUUUAGGAUCGCAGAUGAUUACUCUCGCAUCUGCACAACGUGCGCAUUCAAUGUCGCAGGUCCUUACAACCGCAUUGAAGACUCUUUAUACCGCAGGUGCCGAUAUCAAUUGGGCUGAUUACCAGCGUGAUUUCAAGUACUUCCACAAAGUCCUUCGUAUUCCAGCAUACAGUUGGGAUCUGAAAGAAUUCUGGAUGCAAUAUGUGAAUGACUGGUCGCUACGCAAGGGUGACCCGCCCAUGACGGUUACCGCUGGGCCAAGCCUGGAAAGCACAACCAUCCACCGCAUUAUGGAGGAGUCUGGCGACUCGGUCAAGACCAAGAUUGUCGUCGAGGCUGAUAUUGCACGCAAGGAUCUCAGCCCACUGGUUCAAGGCCAUGAAGUUGAUGGAAUUCCUCUCUGCACGCCAUCAGUCUAUGCGGACAUUGCCUUGACCCUGGGUACCUAUCUUCUCAACCGCUAUCACCCUGCCCAAGAGAAUAAUUUGGUUGAUGUAUCGGACAUGACUAUCUCGAAGGCUCUGAUCCUCAAGAAUGGAGCAACAGAGCAGCUUCUCCAGGCCCAUGGCGAGGCGGACUGGGCGUCUCAAUCCGUACUGGUCAAAUUCAUGUCAUUUGAUAGCAAGGGGAAACUUCAGGAGCACUCCCGCUGCAUUAUUCGAUUCAAGGACCGUAGUCUUCAGAAGUCUCUCCAGAAUGCCGCUGGGGAAGUCAAAGCUAAGAUGCAAGCUUUGCGGGAUGGUAUCGCUCGUGAGACAACUGCCCGCUUCAACCGUCCGAUGGUGUAUCGCGCUAUUCGUCCUCUCGCUCGCUUCCACGAUGACUACCGAGCUAUUGAUGAGGUUGUGCUCAACAGUAAAACCCUGGAGGCUUCAUCACGUCUCAGCUAUGGUACUGUCAAGAGGGGUGGUCAGUACCACACUCAUCCAGCUAUUAUUGACUCCCUCACGCAGUCUUGCGGUUUUACUAUGAACUGUAAUGACCGCACAGACCUUGACAACGAGGUAUACAUGAACCACGGCUGGGGCUCGCUCCAGCUCUUUGAGCCAAUUGACUUUGACAGGUCGUACACCACCUACACCCGCAUGGAGGAAGGCAAAGAUAAGUUGUGGCAUGGUGAUGUUGUCAUCUUCGACGGUGACAGAGUCGUUGCUUUCUUCGGACAAAUUUCGAUUCAAGGCGUUCCCCGCCGGGUGCUGAAGGUUAUUCUGUCUCUUGAGAGCGGCGCAAAGUCACAGAAACCGCAGCAGCCAGUCAAAGCAAAGCCAGCUUCUACUACUGCUCCAGCUCCUAUUGCCGCUAGCGCCCCUGCGCCCCAGCCCUCCCAGUUCCUAGCAGCGUUAGUGAUUAUUGCGGAUGAGAGUGGAAUCUCUAUCGAUGACUUGUCCGAUAGUACCGUUUUCGGUGAUGUUGGUAUCGAUUCCCUUCUGGGGCUCACUAUCUCAGCCCGCUUCAAGGAGGAGCUUGAUCUUGACCUAGACUUCAAUGCUUUCUUCUUCGAGUAUCCCACCGUUGGCGAUCUCAAGAGAUUACUGGGCGGAUCCAACUCUAGUCCCACAGUCCAUCCCUCCGCACCGUCGACUGUGUCCAGUGAAGACGGCAUAAGCACACCCAACAGUGAAGGAACAGGCGCCACUACACCCAUUAUAUGUGAGAAUAAGGUUGAUAUGAAGCAUGCGCUGAGUAUCAUUUCCGAAGAGAGCGGUGUUGCCAUGGAUGAGCUUACUGAUGACACCAACUUCGCUGAUUCUGGUGUGGACUCUCUUUUGUCUCUCGUUAUCGUGAGUCGGUUCCGAGAGGAGCUGGAUUUGGAUAUUCAGCAUGAGUCCCUAUUCCUUGAAUGUCCUACUGUGGCCGAUUUGAGACAGCUGCUAGUGGGCGAUCCAACUAUCAAUGGGCCUGCUCAGGAGCAGUCAUCGACCCCUAUGCCUCCAAUCCAACAAAAUAUCGAGCCCAUAGUCCCAGAUCAGCAUCAAGCGCUUGACCCAAUUGCCCUGGCUGUCCGGAGAAAGAUAGUUACUGAUUAUGUGGACAAGUACACUGCUGGCUUUUCUGUCCCUAAGCCUUCUUCUUCAGCCGUUGCACCAUCACCAGACAAGAAGAUUAUCAUGGUGACUGGAGCAUCCGGUAGCCUGGGAAGCAACCUUGUUUAUCACCUGGCUCAGCUUCCAGAUGUGGCAAAAGUUGUCUGCCUGAACCGCGAGAAUCGAGCUGAGCCCGAGAUUCGCCAGCAAAAGGCUAUGCGUGGAAAAGGAAUCCGAUUCCCAGAGGCCCUCAAGUAUAAGCUCGUUGUUCUACAAACUGACAGUGCCAAGCCUAUGCUGGGACUGACAAAGACUCAGUACGAUGACCUCACAGGCUCUGUCACUCACCUUAUUCACCAAGCGUGGCCCAUGAGCGCUAAGCGUGCGCUAUCUGGGUUCGAGUCACAGUUCCAAGUCAUGCGCAAUCUGAUUGAUUUUGCGUGCGACAGCAGCUCCCAGCGUCCUGCCUCUUUCAAGUUCAGCUUCCAGAUGGUUUCCUCUGUCGGUGUCGUGGGUCACUACCGCCUUGGUGACAAGCAGGAAAGAAUCAUGGUCCCGGAAGAAAGUGUCGACAUCGACAGUGCUCUGACCAACGGCUACGGAGAAGCCAAAUGGGGCUGUGAGUUGAUGCUGAGCCGUACUAUCCAGCAACAUGCCGAUCGAUUCCGCACGAUGGUUGUCCGUUUGGGACAGAUUGCUGGAUCUAGUACCAGCGGCUACUGGAAUCCCAUGGAGCAUUUCGGAUUCCUUAUCAAGUCGUCCCAAACUCUCAACGCGCUUCCUGAUGCUCCUGGCACGGUGUUUUGGACCUCAGUGAACGAGAUUGCAGGCACUUUGUCUGAUCUUGUCCUCGCUGAGAACAAUCCCCAUCCAAUCUACCACAUUGAGAAUCCGGUUGGCCAACCCUGGAAAGAGGUAAAUGCCAUAUUGGCUGAUGCUCUGGGCAUUAAGGAUCUGAUUCCCUUCGACGAAUGGGUUGCUCGCGUGAAGGCUGCACCUCAGCGCAACAACCCCGCUUCCACACUGUUGGAGUUCCUGGACAGCAACUACCUUCGUAUGUCCUGCGGUGGACUUGUUCUGGAUGUUAAGAACACGCUUGAGCAUUCCAAGACCCUGGCUGCCGUGGGGCCUGUGAGCGAGGAAGUUGUGAGAAAAUAUAUUCAUAUCUGGAAGGAGAUUGGUUUCUUGAGCUCGUGA